GCGGGGAAGAGAGUUGGAAAAAUAGCAUCAGCUGAGCACAGCUGGGGAAGGAGGAGGCCAGGCUGGAGCAAAAGCGAGUCGCUGUGCAGGGGAAUGGGCGACGUUUGAUUGCGGAGAAGAGGUGGUGACAACUCCGAGAUCUGAAAGGAUUUAAAAGCGAACCAGAGAUGGCUUUUUUCUUACUCAACAGGUUCACUACAAACCAGGAGAGACAUCAGUGUGCCAUGGAGGACUGUGGCAGCCUCAUAGAGUUUGAUGUACCUGAAUUCAGCAACACUGUCCUGAACCAGCUCAAUGAGCUCCGUCUCCAAGGCAAGCUGUGCGACAUCAUUGUGCACAUUCAGGGCCGGCCGUUCCGGGCCCACAAGGCUGUAUUGGCCGCCAGUUCACCAUACUUCCGUGAUCAUUCAGCACUAGGCACAAUGAGUGGCCUCUCCAUCUCUGUUAUCAAGAGCCCUGAGGUGUUUGAGCAGCUGCUGGCCUUCUGCUACACUGGCCGCAUGGCAUUGCGCCUGCGUGACGUCAUCAGCUUCCUCACGGCUGCCAGUUUCCUCCAAAUGCAGGCUGUGAUCGACAAAUGCACACAGAUUCUUGAGGGUAUUCACUCCAAGAUCAACCUCCCUGUGCCUAGUGGAACAGGUCCAGAAGAUAAUUGCACCACGUCAAGGGCUGGACGCAAUGGUGUGAAAGAUGGAGGUAUUUUUGUAAACCCCACCCAGAUUUCGCCACCCUACUAUUCGCAUCAGAAUCAUUGCGCUGAAGUGCGGAAUUCAGGUAAGGGGGCUGCACAGCUUGCAGAGGAGGGACAGUCAGACCGAGGGAGCAGUGACAGCAUAUCGGAGCAGGAGGCGUCCAUGGAGGUUGAGUCAGAACAGGUGGAGUUAAUUGGGAGGGAUGGGCAGGUUACUGAUGUCCAUAUCAAGCUUGAGAAAACAGACCGGCCUAGUUACUCUGACAGCUCAUCGGCAGGAGAUGAUGGCUACCACACUGAGCUAGUGGAUGGCGAACAGGUGCUAGCUGUUAGUGUGGGAUCGUACGGGCCUGUGCUUUCCUCUGCCGCUUACACCUAUUCGGCAUUGCCUUCCCCCUGUUUUGUCAGCCUGAGUUCUUCUAGUCCAUCUCGCUCCUUGCUCAGCAGCUUCCGUGGUGGUCGUGCCCGUACUAAACAUCCUGUGCCUUUACCAGCUGAUCUGCUAACUCGGCUCAAGCCUGGUGCAGAAGAAGGAGAUGAACCUGCAGCAGCAUCUGGCUUUGAGAAUGACGUAAGGGAGCGAAGUCUUCGCGGGCAGUGGUACCCCUACAACGAGCGCCUCAUCUGCAUCUACUGUGGCAAGUCCUUCAAUCAAAAGGGCAGCCUGGACCGCCAUAUGCGUCUGCACAUGGGCAUCACGCCUUUCGUCUGCAAGUUCUGUGGCAAGAAGUACACCCGCAAAGACCAGCUAGAGUACCAUAUCCGCGGCCACACGGACAACAAACCCUUCCACUGCCAGAUCUGCGGCAAAUGUUUUCCCUUCCAAGGCACACUCAACCAGCACUUGCGCAAGAAGCACAUGACCUCUGGCGCAGAAGUUAACAAUCACGUGGACUUGCUGGGAGAGGUACCCAAUGGCCAGAGGGGGGAGCAUGAGGACACCUCUGAGGGCGAAACAGCCAAUGGAGCAGCGUAUGCUGAUGAUAUGUCGACAAAAAAUGCCAGUGAAGAGAGUGGCAAGUUUAGUCCAGAGGAAGCGCCUGCAUCCAAGAGUGGUUAUUGAGAAUUUUUUUUCAUAUUUUUGGGUUGUUUGUCAUCCUUAUAUAAUAAGGAAGCUUAAAGGGUUACUCUUUUCCUUGUUCAGCCUGGCUGUUUUUAAAGAAUUACAUGAAAUAAUGAACCUGCCUUGCGCAUUUUCUACUCGUCCUUUUUUGUGGAAGUUCUAAACAGGACCAAGUUUGAGAGUUUUCUAAGGAAAUAAGAGUUUUUUCAAAGGGAAGGAGUCCUAUAAUCGGGGAAAUACAUAAUCGGGAGGAGGUCUCUGUAAUCAAGGCUUCCUAAGAGUUUUAUCAAAUUUUUUUAUAUAUCUAUAUAUAUUUCCAUGUUUUUUUCAACAUAUUUACAGAGUAAUAUAGGCAUGUUGCAAUAAUGAAUAAUGUGAAAGCUCCGAUAAGAUGUUUGUCAUAUCACGCUUUUACCUGACCUGUUUUUGCACAUGUGACCUGUAGUAGGUCACUCACUCACUCACUCACAAGGAAUGGUUUAUCUGCCAGUGCAAGGCUCUUUGUGACACUUCUGUUCAAUACCUCAUUAUACAACCUCAACAUACUCAUAAUGGACAGUAUUUUUAGCUUCUUGUCAACUCCAGCCAGGUUUUACCUCAUAGCAAAGAACCUGAAAGGAGGGGGAAAAGCUUCUCUCAAUAAAGACAUAUUUGUUUUGUUAUUAUAGGGUUUAAAUGGUUGUAGUGGCGAAAACCCCUGAACAAAGCAUCUUCACUCUACCAAGACUUGAUACUUCAGUAAAAUAUUCCUUAGUGAUUGUCUGAAUUCUGGAUUGAUCUAGUUCAGUUUUCAUUAGCAGCCAGGUUAUGUACUGUAUGUCUGGGGGGGGGGAGUGCUAGUAUAAGGUAUACCUGUGCAUGUUUCAGGAUGAAAGAUCCAUUGCCUGUCUUUUUUUAUUAUGAUGCCCUAUACAUCUGUUGUUCUGCACUCUUUCUGUAGUGUUAUAUUUGCAUUUGAUUUCAGGUAAUGUCAACUUUUACAUUGGAAACUGAAUAGUUUCAGAUCAGAGUUGCGGCACAGCAAACAAUAUAACGACUGUUAACUGUUGGUUUUGUUUCAGUUUUUUUUUUUUUUUUUUAAGGCCUUUUCAAAAAGAUUUGCCUUCACAAAUAGCAAAUUUUGUAAUUCAUUUGUGGUUUGAGUUUUCCCAGACACUAAUGAGGAGGAUCAAGGGUGUGCCUUCAAAAUCAAAGCUUACAAUUAGAUAAGACUAUAUCAGCAGAUAUGUUUCUGAUAGUCGUGCAGGAGUUACAAGUUAUGGAAAUUGCCUUAGGGCCAUAGCACCCUGCGAAGAAGGGAAAACGUUUCUUGGUAAAAUAUUUAUUGCAUUGGUGUUCUCACUCUGUCAGUGGUUGACAUUUCAAACCGCUUUUCUUGCAUUUUGCUUUGGCUUUUAAAUAAGCUUUGUGUUGAACGGACAGCUGUGAUAAGAAGACCUCCUCAGCUUCUCGCACUUAACACAUCUGUUGACCAAAACAGUGUUUCACUACAGAAAUUUAUAAUUGAAAAAGAUUAAGUUAAUGCCAUUAGUCUUUUGCAAAAAGUGCUAAAUAUUAUGGAGAUAUACAGUAUAUCCUGGAGGUGUAUCUGUUUUUAAAGUCUUGGUUACCAUACUACAAUAGAACAGUAACAAGAUAAACAUGCGUAGUCAGUACACUUAUAUACAUUUAAUACUGUGAAAAGAGAACCCUGUAUGCCUAGUAUUACCAGAAUAUCCGUUCUUAUCCAUUUUCACUGUUGUGUAACUGGUGCAAAUCGUCAUACCUCACAUUUGUUUUUGCUUUCUCUUGACAAGUUGUUGACUUGUGGUUGAUUAAGGCUCCUUUCUUUUGAUAAGGAUUAACCACUGUUGUCUCUCGUGCCAAUUUUAGGUGUAUUUGUGGUGGGGGGUUUUUAUCGCCACACACUCACAGACUUAUUUGAUUCUUUCCAACAGAUCACAAGUUAUCUCAGAGAUGCAAAAAUGAACUAAAAUGGUGUUUCCUAGCGAGCAAUACACUUGGCUUGUGCUUUAUAGUAGUCACUACAGAUGAGGAGUUGCCUCCCUAACUGUCUGCAGUACAUUUGAUUCAUAGUUCUUAAUGCUCAGACAGAUUAAAACAUGCCCAGUUCUUACAAGAUUCAAGUGCUUUUAAGCUGACUUGACAUACCAUUUAGAUUUUUAUCAGAUCACACCCUCCAUUUGUUGACUUAAACAACCAUCAGCCAUGGAGUGUUAGAAUUAGCAGCAUUCCCUUUUGUAUAGAGACUGCAGUCUGCGGAUUAUCCCAUCAAGACUCCUUAAUUCUCCAAACUGUAACCAAUAUCAAGCCUUUGUCUAAAAAUAUUAAAUUGUAAAAUACAGUGAUUUAGGGUAUUGUUUUUUUUUUCUUGUUUUUUUUUCUAAUGAGUUUGUUGUUGUAUUGCAGUCACUUUCAUUAAUAAUAUUAACGUUUCCUACACAAAAAAGGUUUAUUAAAGUACAAAGUUUUUCAGUGAAAAGAUAGUUUUUAGGUUUAAAGGUGAAGUGUGUAAUUUCUGUGCAACUAGUGUCACAAAAAUGGAAUUGCAAAAUUAAUGACCAUUGGUUGGACGAAGAGAAUGUCCCACCUGCCUCCUAACUCAUGCCAUUGGUUAAGCCAAUGUUACUGUGUCAGGCUGGUCAGGAUAUAGUACUGAAACAAACAACGUUUACUAUUUUGGGGGAACCAACCUUUGAAUGGCUUAUAGUUUUCUUUGCAUAUUAAGGGAGGAGAAUGUGCUUUAACAUCGAAUUAUAAAAUUACACACAUCACCUUUACCUUCAGCACUAGAAUGGAAGGGAACUUACGCCCUUUUUAUUUCCUCAAAUCAAGUAUUUUUCAGCUCUUAUUUCAUAUUUUAGAGUACAGAACAAUAUUUGUGCCAUUAAUAUCUAUUCAUAUGCUUGUAGUACUGGCAGUUAAGAAUGAACCUAAUACUUUUUUAAAUAUUUUAUUUUACUGUAUCUGCACUAUGAACAGAUAAUUAUGAGUCAAACAAUGAGCCAAAACGUUGUAACUUUGCGAGUUACAACUAACGAGCCAAAAUGCGGAACACUUCAGGUCUGUCCUUGUACUACUGAAAAAUCACCCUGCGACUAUUGCUCUGUGAAAUUAGAUGCCAUAUCAUUCAUUUGAAACAAUGUAAACAUGAUGGCUUAAUUCCUGGUAAAUGUUUAGAUUUCCUCUGUUCCUUUAUCAUAAUGUACCACCAGUCCUUUGAUAUUGUGAACAUGAACACCAUGGCCACUAACCAAAGAGCGAACCAAAAAUUGCAUAUGGUUUGCAUAGUAGGCUGCACAGUGGACUAAAGAGAGACCAAAACCAAGCCCUGGAACAAAUGAAUCUGUUUUAGAAGUGCGAGUAGAUCUCUCCCCGCCCCCCAAGCAUAACCGCUGUCAGGAUUUCAUCCGCAAUAAUAAGGAAAAGUGUUUGCUGUCACUUAUUACUACAUAUUUUGGCAUUAGAUAGAAAUACAGUAGUCAACAGAUAUGUUAAGCUAAUGUUUCAAUGUGAAUGAGGCUGCAAGCAUACUUUUUGAUGAGCAGACUUUGGGUGUUUUUGGUUUUUUUAAAGAGAGAAUGGUAUAAAUGUAUAGAAUUUUUUUUUUUUUUUUUUAUAAAGUGUUUAGAAUCUAAUUGAACCUGUGCCUUGCCGUGAAAAACAAAGGCUUACCUACCCUACAGGUCAGCUCAAGUUUGCAACAAUGCAAAAUAGGAAUGAGAUGAUUGGGGAGGAAUGUUUGUGAUUAUUGUGGAUUAUAGCAGUCUGAUAUUUUGCAUAAAUAUUAAACAUGUGGUUAUAUGCAAAAAUAAUGUCUAUUAAUUUGGUCAUAUUCAAGAUAUGUCAAUGCAGUAAGGGUUUUCUCUCUAUAGUUGUGUUUGUGAUUCAUUCGAGACUUCUAGACUCUUUAUCAUUCUUUUUUGUUUGUUUUUAUUUUUUUCGGGGGGUGGGGUCACAUUUGUAGGGGAUUGAUGUGUAUUGAUAUUAAAGAGAAUAUGCUGAAUUAAAAUGGGACAAUCAAACAGCUUCAAAAUAUGGAAGCUUCCUCUUAAAAAUAAGUUAAAUCAUAUUUUAGUAAAGUUAUUUUUUGCUUCGUUAUGAUCUCAUAAAAAUUAUGAUGCUUUCAGGUUAGCAGAUUGCUGUAUCAUGCAAUAUUGUUUGUUAAAGAGAGGGGGAAUAUGCAUGCUGGCCCACAUAUUGUUAAAGUAGAAUUGCAUGGUCCCCUCCACAUUGUAUAACGAAAAUACAGAUGAUCCUUUGUUUUUGUCUUAAAACUUGAAAGUGAUUUUCUUUCAAAGCUAUAUAUCUUCUGUGAUAUUUCAUCUGGCAUGCACUUAAUGUUUCCUUUUUUGUGUGUGUGUGUGUUUUAAGUUUUUGCUGAAACUUUAUUCCAUAAGGGAUUACUUUGCCAUGUUGUGCUCCCAGUUUAUGGGACUCAUAAGGCCUCAAAUAUUUUCUUCCCCUUCAGUGGUGCUUUACAGCUGGUCAAGUUUCUUUUUGGUUUUAUAAUGAAAGCAUAAAGAUGGUAAAUCGGUGAUAUGGUGAUAACAUACACUUGUAAAUGAUUUAAUGAACUGUAUUAAUAGUGUCAUACUCAGACAACUGAUCUAGACACUCAUGGUCCAUAUUCACUCUUUUUGUUCACAUAAAACCAGUUCAGUUUGUGCCAAGCACAGUAAUCAAAACAAAAAGUGUUUAUAGUGAAGGCUGUUGGACUACUUUUUGAUUGUGCAGCUCAUCCUUUUUAACUAAUGAAUCUGACUUCAGGUAGUUUGUGAACACUGAUCUAAACGUAUAAAUAUCGAAGAAAAGCAAAUCUUGAAGUCUUCCAUUUUGUUCUCCACGUCCAACACUUCUCCACUGUGUAAUAAGCAAAAGCAAUAACCUUUUUAUGAGCAGUUUUUCCAUUGGUGUCUGUCUGCCUGCCUCUCAGAUUUCAGGAGAAUAAUGUCUCAAAAUGAGUGGAUUCAGGAUGUCGGAGUUAUGAUUUGGAGAGAGUAUUUUUUUUUAUUUUUUAUUAUUUUUUUUUUUUUCAAAUUUGGACAGGUUGGGCAAAAAUGCUCCUCCAGUGCAUUUUUUAUGUUUUUGUGGUUACCAGAGUCCAGAUUCUGUUUGUGGCUGUCCAACUCUCAGUAUGCUUUUGUAUGUAUUUCAUCCACCUUCCACCAUUGUUGCUAGUAAAAUGUUGCAUCUUUUUUGUAUGUAUCAAACAUGAAAGGGAUUUUUGAUCAAGAUAAUCUGUCUCCAUGCUGUGCGCUAUAGAUAUUCCUCCAUGCAUAGAGACUGCAUUUAAAAGUGGCCAAUCAAAGACCGAAAAGCCCUUCAGCAAAAUCUUUUAACUUUUUGUUUUUAGCAGUCUCUUAAACUCUGCGAGCCUCUAUUUCUUAUGUAUUCGUGACAUGGCAAAAAGAAAAUGUAGAACUCAGGGUUUACUAGUAUUCAGAAAAUGCCAUUUUGGAUAUGAAAUGAUCUUUGCAUGUCCAAAACUAAGCUUGCACUUUUACUUCAGGUGGGAAAACAAUUCCUCAAUCAUUGGUUCCCAAAGCAGUCUGCCUCAGGUGUAGUAAGGUGCACCUAAACAUUUCCGUUCUUGCUUUCCGAAUACAUGGAACAAGCACAAGUUGCAAUGCUGAGGAAUACAGAAGAUCCUUGGCGCUCAGAAUUUAAGUAGCACUCUUGUCCAACUCUCUGUUAUCCACUAUACGUACAACCUCAUAUCCCAACUGUGAACCUCAGAACUCUACUGUUUUAUACAUCUAUGAAGUACAUGCUAGCUGAUGCUGUAACAAGUAACUCGCCAUUUAUAAUUUUUUAUUUUUAGCAUGAAAUAUAAGAUUAUAUUUAUUCAAAUGAUAUAUUUUACUCAUAAUCAUUCUGUGCUGCUUUUUAUCUUCGUCCUUAAAGCUUGUAUAUUGCUUUUUUAUGAUACAAAGAAAUGUCAAUAGAUAAUGCAUUUGUUUGUACAAUAAAUAUGCUGAUUUGGCAAAA